CUCAAUCCGGGGCCAUUCUUCAAAACGCUGCCGUUCGAGGAGUCUCUGCGGGAAGACGCCGACACAGCUGUGAGGUGAGUAGCAAGAAGUAUACGCCGCUUACUCUGGCAUAGCAUCCGGGCAGUGACAAGGCCGCCUAGCUAGCCGGUCAACAUUCCCCAGUCUGGCAAGCCACAAAAGGUGCCUCGGUCUAGGGCCUCCUCCAGGACCAUGGGAGAGGCUUGAGCUGAAGGCCAGUACGGUACAUGGGAGCGUGCUCGCCCUGGUCCUCGUCGUUAACCCCUCCCCUUGUCCCGGGCUAUGGCUGGCCUUUAUGGCAGACCCCAAAAAGGUUGAGUGACUUCUACGCUACUGCGAAAAGGCGGGCUGCAGGGAAUCCGAGCAGCACACCCUUUUGCAAUCCCCUUGCCCUUGCCCUUGCCCUUGCCCCCUUCUUGUGCAGGCGUUCCCUCUUAUUGAGCCCUGGACGGCUUGGGGUCGCUGGUGGCCUUCCAGAUCGCAGGUGGUGUAUCCGUACUAGUUUAUUAUACUCACACAUUCGACGGAUCACCCCCCCUGGCAUUCCAUUCACCUUCACGAAGUACACUACUGGCCUAGACCAGUCCCAACUCGACGGUGCCGAUAUCCUUGCCUCCCGCAUCGCAUCGUACCGCUCGCGAACCGUCAACCGUUACAAGUGCAGUAACCAGGCCAGAACAUGUGCCCGAGAGGAAUCCGUCGGAGCGACCAUGUCCAGAUUUGAUUCUAUAUUUUAAGACCCCCCUCCCUCCCCCUCUGAUGUCUGAUACCUCGCCAAUCAUGAGAUCACCACCAACCAACGUGCCAGGCAGCCAACCACCUUGCGCAUGAUACGCGCGUGACAACCAG